UUGCAAAUGAGGUUCGAGAUCCACGAGAAGCUGAGUGGCGAGGGCUUUUAUCAGAGAUCGGUCCUGUUCUUGAGAGAGCGAUGCGAAUUGUUCGGUUGGUUAAAAUGCAUGCAUAGUGCGCCUGGAAAUAUAGUGGAGGGACCGUUGACGUGGCGAGCUUUGACCAGCAAAAGCCUUCCAAAAUCGUCUGCUCCGACUCAUGAUGACGAUAUCAGCUUACCGGAACCAAUUCCCUACAUUAACGUCGCUGCUGAGAAGGAUGCCAUUAGAGCUGCCCCUCAUGUGGUACGUCACUGGGAACACCUCUCUCUUGGUCCAAUCGAUCAGCCCAAGGAUGUGCUUUACCUAGUUGUUGUUCCUGAUAAUCCCGACAUAUGCAAUUUAGCAGUGAAGUACUUGGAGCAGUUGAGCCAGAUGUAUGAACGCAUGCGACUCGGCCGCCACAUUGCCAUGCCUACCGGCGUAGAUAGUCGUGACGGAUGUGUGCGUGUUGGGUGCCGUACUCAGACUGGCAAAUAUCCAACAGAAACCACAACACUUGAUUUUUUGAAUCUUGUGGGAAGAUACGUGGACAAUAAGGCCUUCAUGACAAAACUCAGACUCUUCACGCAACAAAUGGAAGAGAACGUCCUCCAGUUGCUAUCAGAAAGGGAUGAUAUUUUCGAAAGAGCAACCUACCGAGAGACACUGGCCUUAGAUUGGCGAGCCAAAAGAGCUGCGGCCGCUGCUGUGGCGUUAGCCGUUGAGCAGCGUAUGGCUGAAAAUUCUGCUGAGCAAGGCGCUUCCGUUGCUGCACCAGAGCAACCUCCUGCAGAACCUCCUCUUGAACCGGAAGAUAUCCCAGUCGAUGAACCGGGUACUCUACCUCAUGUCAUUGUGAUCUAUGUGUUGAAUCCAUUCACAUGGGGAACGGAAUUCCGAAGCGCUUUGUUCACUCGAGUUGCAACACUGGCAGUAAUGCGAGCGUUCAAUACUGUUUGUCUGCGACUACCAGCUAACAGGCGCCCGCAGUUGCAGUUAGAAAUUAUACCAAUGGAACAGGUCACUGAUCUACUCGGGUGCUUGCCAGAUUACACAAAUGAUAAUGGGUCGUCACAGUCAAUGUUUGAGAAUAGUGGUGGCAGUGAGCGUGAACAAGUCGAGUGCGUAGCCGUCGAAUCAUUAAGGAACACCGUACUCUCUGUGUACACCCAGCCGAGAGUUCUAACGGCGGACUGCAUCAAGAGCGUUCAAGCAAGGUGUAUGACAAAGUUCGGUCCUGGAAGCAGUCUAUUAGACUCGCUGGAUGAAUGGGAGAGAAGUGGUACAACUGUGUUCUACAAAGUCCCAUCAAACGCUUACCACUUGGCACCUCCUCCCCUGCUCUAUCAGAAGCAUGAAAAUGGCAGAAUAAUUCAAUCGUCUCCAGAAGAGCAGGUACUGUAUGUAACUUACUGUGUAAUUGGAUCCGAUUGGCUAUGUGUUGCUGUCACCGAUUCACUUGGCCGGCUCAAUGACAAUUGCUUAAUCAAUCUGCGCACGAGACACGAUCAUCAUAUCUACAAGUAUCGUCAACAAACUCAAAUACUUGACGCAAUGGGGCGAUUGUGGACGUACAUACUCGGCGUGCUGUCAAUGGAGACACGUAAUUGGAGGCUUGUCAUUGGUCGGCUGGGACGAAUCGGUCAUGGCGAAUUCAAAGCGUGGACAUAUCUUCUCAACAAAACGGCUCUCAAACGUCAUUCCGCUCGUCUUAGGGAAGUGUGUACUGCAUGUGCGCAGAUGCCUGGUUGUACGGGUACACCAAGUAUAUUAUCAGCUUGUCUUGUUUCCACAGAACCAGAGCCUUAUCUGCGUAUGUUCCCUGGCUUCAGUCUCAAUGAUGCGUACAGCAAGAAAACUCGGUCAACACUGCCCGAUGAUACGAAUGUUACGCACAUCAUGGUCUUCCCGACGAGUGCGGAUAUUCAGUUGGGUUCUGCUGAUCAACAUGCUGUCGGGGAAGAUGACUGGGACUUUUCGGACAUGGAUAUCCCUCAGGACGGAAACGACCUCGGAGACGAUUUUCUAUCCAGUAUUUGUAUGGACAACUUAGGCCCGCCGCAACCAAGUGCUAGUUUCCGAAACGCAGGGAAUUCGUUCUUCUCUGAAAAUACAGCAGACGUUUCAAUGGAAAACCAGCCACUCGCAACUGGGUUCUACAUCUCUACUGCCCCUGCAGCGGACGUUCCAGAUUGGUUUUGGGCAAGUUGUCCUGGUGCGAAGAACCGUACACCGGUACAUCUCAAAUCGUCGCUUCACAUUAAUGUCCCUCUAGUUCAUCAGGGAGACGAGUUUCUGCAAGGAAAAGCAACUACUGGUGAUAAGCAAGAAAAAGAGAGUGCACAUCCUCUGGAUAGUACACGAACGGAUGAGGUGUUGAGGCAUGUUUUGGAAACAUACAAUGCUCUCUCUUGGCUAAAUAUCGACGUUGUAUCAGGAGAGCGGCGAAGUUGCCUUCCUAUUCAUAUGCAAGCGCUCACUCGAUUAUAUCACUCGGUCGCGAGACUCAUUAUGUAA